CCAUGAGCCUCGGACCCAGGCCCACCUCUGCUCCUGCCUUACAGCUGUUGCUGCUGCUCUCACUGCUCCUGACUGUGCUGGGUCCCUCCGCCGCCAGGGAAACUGACAGCAUGGGCAUUGAGCGGUACUUGGAACUUCGCUGCACGUGUGUAAAGACAACCUCUGGCGUUAAUCUCGGUAACAUCCAAAAUCUGAAGGUCACCAGGGCAGGACCCCAUUGCUCCAAAGUCGAAGUGAUAGCCAAGUUAAAGAAUGGGAAGGAAGUCUGCCUGGACCCAGAAGCUCCAAGAGUCAGGAAAAUAGUCCAGAAAAUGUUGAAAAGUGAUGAGCUAGCUGCUUAAUCUGUUUACUGUCUGUCAAACCUUUUCAUCUCCCCAGAAGAGUAAGAGUUUGCAGCCUUAACGUUCUGGGGUUUUAAUUUGUCCAGGAUACCUAUUCAUACUGUAUUAAACUUUGGAUGAGUUUUCCA